AUGACGGCUCCGUUUCCCACCAAGAAAUGCGGUGUCCUCGGCGCCACCGGCUCCGUGGGCCAGCGCUUUAUCCUGCUGCUGCAGGCACACCCGAGCUUUGUGCUGGUGGCCGUCGGUGCGUCCAGCCGAUCGGCUGGGAAGAAGUACCGCGAUGCCGUGCGGUGGAAGCAGGCGACGCCGAUCAGCGACCGCGUGGGCGACCUGGUCGUGCGCGAGUGUCAGUCCAGCGAGUUUGCCGACUGCGACAUUGUGUUUAGCGGUCUCGACGCGGACGUGGCGGGCGAGAUCGAAACCGAGUUCUUUGGUGCCAACCUGGCGGUGUUCUCCAACGCCAAGAACCACCGCCGCGACCCGCUGGUGCCGCUGGUGGUGCCAUCGGUCAACUUGGACCACCUGGCGCUGAUCCCGCACCAGCGGCUGCACCACCCGACGGCGCUGGCGGCCAGCCGGCCGAUCGACCGCGGCUUCCUGGUGUGCAACAGCAACUGCGCCGUGGUGGGCGUGGUGGUGCCGUUUGCGGCGCUGCAGGCGGCCUUUGGGCCGAUCGAGGCGGCGUCGGUGGUGACCCUGCAGGCUGUCUCGGGGGCCGGCUAUCCCGGUGUCAGCAGCAUGGACAUCCUCGACAACGUGGUGCCCUUCAUCUCGGGCGAGGAGGACAAGCUCGAGACGGAGGCCCGCAAGAUCCUCGGCACCAUCAGCGCCGACGCUACUGCCCUGGCUGACCGUCCGGAGCUCAAGAUCUCGGCUGCCUGUAACCGCGUGCCGGUGCUGGACGGCCACGUCGUCUGCGUAUCGCUGCGCUUUGUCCGUCGUCCGCCACCGCCCGCCGACGAGGUGCGCCGCGUGCUGCGCGCCUACUCCAGCGAGGCCGAUGCGCUCGGCUGCCCCAGCGCCCCGCGGCCACCCAUCGUCGUCAUGGAUGCUCCCGACCGCCCGCAGCCGCGGCUGGACCGCGAUUUGUCCGGCGGCUACGCCGUCUCUGUCGGUCGCGUGCGCGAGGAUGAGACCGGCCUCUUCGACAUCAAAUAUGUCGGUCUGAGCCACAACACUGUCAUCGGCGCUGCUGGUGCCUCUAUCCUCAAUGCCGAGGCCGCUGUCCUCAAAGGCUAUGUUUAA